UCUUACUCUUCGAUUGCAAAACAAUAAGUUUUUAUGACAAUUUACAGAAUUGGCAUUAAAGUAGAUAUGGAAUCUGGAACAUUGUCUUGUUUGUCACUCACUAGUGAGGAAGAUGGAACGUUUAGAUCAGAAAGUAUUUCUAUCUCGCCUGAUGUUCUUUCUUUCGAGAAUGGUUCCAAACUUUGGCGCACAGUGCAGGAAGGUGGUGAUUUAAAUAUUAAUGUCAUUGGGACUGGAACCAGUAUGAUUUCUGUACAAAACGGCAACUUUACUACAAUACCUCUUUAUUUUCUGAACAUCAGAAACAAAUCGACCGUACAGAUAUCCAUAAAGUUGACAGAAAUCGGUGACAAGGUAAAGGCUACCUUCAACAACGAAACAUUUGAAAUUCAAGUGGACGCUGAGAAGAAAGUUCAGAUCGAGCUUUUACUUCUUACAGGAAGUUUUACAACUGUUAUAGCAAAAGAAGGUAAAGAUGUUUACAGACAAACAUUUGAAGAAGUUCCCGAGGAGAACUCGAACGUAUGUUUUACAAAUGAGACAUGCUUAACUGAUAUAUCUGACGUAGUAGAAAGUCAUUCUGCAGAUUCAACGAGAGCAAAUGAUCCUCAAGGUGAUAAUAUGUGUAACAAAAUAUACAGUGAGAAAGAUGAAAAUAGUUUAUCAACAUUUAAUGUAGACAAAAUUUUCAACUUUAAGAUCAAAGAUACCGGUAUGAUUAACAACGUAUCUGACGUUAAUAUAAAUAAGGGUGUUGAUUACAAUGGAAUUUGCGAUGAACUCGGAAGCAAUGAUGAGACAGAAGUAUUGGAACCAGAUAAAGAAAUCAACUUAUCUUUUGAUAGCAGUGAUAGCAACGCAAAUGCAUUUUCUGUAGACGAUAAAGACGAGUCCUUACUUAAAGAGCCAGGACCCCUACCAUGA